UCGGAUUCACUACUCUCCCUGACAUAAAAUAUAAAAUAUAUAUAUACACAAGCUUCUCCUUCACACGUCCACGUUUCUCUCCUUCGCCAUUAAGGGAGAGGAAGAAAGACAUUGAGGUUCACUCGCACCCAUAUAGCUCAGAGAUCCCCGAUUCAUCUGUGUUUUCCAGGAAUUCUCAAUCCCAUUUCCUCACCUUACAACUUUCAGGGUCUUUCUUGCCUCUUUUAGUGAGAGUAUAAAAGAGGCCUGAGAAAGGAGAAAAGGGUGGGGAUCAAUGGAGUUUGAGAGCAAUAGCUGGAUCAGGGAUGGGGGGUGUUACUACCCUCAUCUGUUUGGUGGUAUAAUGCUUACGGCAGCCUUACUUGGGCUGUCCACUAACUACUUUGGCAGGAUCUAUGUUCCUACUUUACCCUAUCUGUUACCUGAUUUGAGUGUUUUUCACAAGAAAAAACGUGCGAAGAGACGUGUCCGUGUCUAUAUGGACGGGUGUUUUGAUAUGAUGCAUUAUGGCCAUGCCAAUGCCUUGAGGCAAGCCAAGGCAUUGGGAGAUGAAUUGAUUGUUGGAGUUGUCAGUGAUGAGGAAAUUAUAGUCAACAAAGGUCCCCCAGUUUUACCCAUGGAAGAGAGGUUGACUCUUGUUAGUGGUUUGAAGUGGGUGGAUGAGGUCAUUGCCAAUGCUCCCUAUGAAAUCACAGAAGAGUUUAUGCAUCGCCUAUUUAAUGAACACAAGAUUGACUACAUUAUACAUGGUGAUGAUCCCUGUCUCCUUCCUGAUGGAAGUGAUGCUUAUGCCCUUGCUAAGAAAGCUGGUCGUUACAAGCAGAUCAAACGCACUGAAGGUGUUUCCAGCACAGACAUUGUAGGAAGGGUUCUAUCUUCUAUGAAGAAUAUGAAAAGUCAACAAGAUUGCUCUGGAUCAUCUCAAUCUGGUGAAGUUGAUAAUGUUGAGAAUUUAAAUCCUGUGAAAGAUUGUGCUAAGGGUGGUCAGAUAUCACAUUUUUUGCCCACAUCUAGAAGAAUAGUGCAAUUUUCAAAUGGCAAGGGGCCUGGGCCAAACGAACGUGUGGUUUACAUUGAUGGUGCAUUUGACCUCUUCCAUGCUGGUCAUGUUGAGAUUCUUAGGAGUGCCAGGCAACUUGGAGAUUUUCUUUUAGUUGGGAUUUAUGAUGACAACACUGUCAGUGGAGUUCGAGGAACACAGUAUCCACUUAUGAAUUUGCACGAACGAAGUCUUAGUGUUCUGGCUUCCCGUUAUGUUGAUGAAGUUAUUAUAGGUGCCCCUUGGGAAAUUACUAAGGAUAUGAUAACAACAUUUAACAUAUCGCUUGUUGUGCAUGGCACUGUUUCCGAAAGCAACUCUAUGUUAAAAGAUACCUGUGAUCCUUAUGCUGUUCCUAAAAGCAUGGGAAUCUUCCGAAUAAUUCAGAGCCCCAAAGAUAUUACCACCACUUCAGUUGGCCAAAGGAUCAUUGCCAAUCAUGAGAUCUAUGUGAAACGGAAUGCCAAGAAAGAAGCAAGCGAGAAGAAAUACUAUGCAGAGAAGAAAUACGUCUCAGGUGAGUAGAAGCAUGCGAUGCGAUGGUUUCUUGCAACUAACUUGCAUUCUAGGAGCAGUUGCUCCAAAUUGAGGUAGUACUUCGUCUACCAUUGUGUGUUCAAAGAAUAUAUGAAAGCGGGGGCCUCAUAUUUAGGGAAGGGUACGGUAUCACUGCAUCACCCAAGUUUUUAUAUUAUCUUCAGGUUUUUGUUUUAAUCCCCCCUUUCAAAUACCGGUACUGUAAGCUAGUUUCCUAACAUCAUAUCUUCCUAUUCUUUAUGUAAUAGUAAAGUAAAAUGUUGUAAUCCAUAGUUAAUUGUGUUUCUCAUUCAAUUUUGUGCAUCUUUUUCUAGUAUUUAAAACAUUUAUUAUGUCUAGGAACACUUGCACUUGAAACCUCCAACCUUUCAUGAUGAUUUAGCUGUGAGUGCAAACUCAUAUCAUUUAUAUAUGAUUUUUUCAUUAAAA